GAGCCCCAUACGCCCCAUCACUGAGGACCAAAUUUCCCUCAGGCUCUCCGAGAAAGGAGAGCAAGGACAGCCUCAUGAGUGAGGUGGGAGAGGUCACCCUGACGGAGGUGACCGCCUCAGUCUCCCCUCAAGGCACGCAGAAACUCCUGGUUUCCUUGGAAAGCGGAGAUCCUCCCCGGGCCCCAGUCGCAGGCAACCUCAGCAGAGACGCAAUUACCAAGACCACCGUGGCAGCAGGCGCCAAGGGAAAGGUGCCCCAAAAGGUCAUCGCCAAGAGGGUGCGAGGCUCUGUCAAGUGGUUUAACGUGAAGAAUGGGUACGGUUUCAUCAGCAGGCACGAUACCCAGGAAGAUGUGUUUGUUCACCAGACAGCCAUCACCAGAAACAACCCUCACAAAUACCAACGCAGUGUGGGCGACGGCGAGACAGUUGAGUUCGACGUGGUGCAGGGUGAGCGGGGCACCGAGGCCGCUAACGUGACUGGGCCAGCAGGUGUCCCAGUGCAGGGCAGCCGCUAUGCUGCCAAUCGCCCCCGCUUCCGCAGGGGCUUCUACAUCCGCCGCCGCGCACCGCCCCCACGAGGUCCCAGGGGCGCUGAAGAGGACGUCGACGAAGAUGAGGCCAGAGACGAAGGCUUCACCGAAGCCGAGGGCCAGAGGCGCCGCCUGGCCGGCGGACCCCAAGACCAAAGGCUGCGGCGCUUCCCACCCUUCGAAAGGGCCUCUGCCAUGUCCCGCCGCCUGUCGAUCCUCACUCCCAGCAGCG